AGUAUAUUUAUUUUACAAAUACUUAUAUACUGAAUCUAUUUAGCAUUUAUAUAUAAAUUUGUACGGAAUACGAGGCAAAACAAGGGAUAUUUAUCUUUAAUUACGACGGGUGUCGAACCCGCUGAAUCGGAUUAAAAAUGUCACUAACAGUGAAAAUCGGAACGCUCAGUGGCUUGAAAGGCAAAGGGAAUCGCCAAGCGAAAAUAACAUUCAGAGAUCACAGCUAUGUCACACAGACCAUUGAAGAUUGCGAAAGCGAGGCGGAUUUUUAUGAGACAUUCGAAUGGCCGGUGGCGAGUGCUAUUGAGCCCACAGAACAGAUUCACAUUCAAUUCUACAAUUUCAGCAAAGUAUUCUCAAACAGACCGAUCGGUUCGUUCGAUAUGCUGCUGCAAGAAGUUGUAGCGAGGGGUCGUCUCGCCAUCACCGAAACAUUACUGGAUUCAAACAAUACUGCGUUAUCGGCGCUCGUAUCUCUCGACUUCAAAUAUGUCGCCCCAGAUGGAAAGGUCGGUGAUUGGGCGAUGGAUGAGUUUAUACCAGAGAUUGUGGUGGCUGACGAUUUCCAAAGUAUUCACACCACAGAAACAACAGGAAGCAAGAAAAGUUUGCUUCAUGACGUCAUGUUCCGAGGAGGUCGGACACCAAAUGAUAUGAGAUACGAAUUAGUUGAUGAGUCUUCGUCGCUAAUUAACCCACCAACCUCACACUGGGAGGAGAGAACGAGAGAGAAGAACGCAAUCUCCCGACGACCGAUUGAUUUAUGGAAGAAAGGAGCAGGGUUCACGACCCCGGAAGUUAACAGAAGUGCUGCUGCCAUUCUCAGUCCGAAAUCGAAAUGGAAACAUUUUGCUCAAAAAGCUGCAACAAUGAAUCCAGGCGAGGGCGCUAUUUCAAGUUCUACACCAGUACUCCCUGACGGUGACGUCACUAAGUUUCCAAUAUCGAUGACGUCAUUUCGGAAGAAAUCAGCUGCUGCAAUCGGAACUCAGAGACACGACUCUUCUCAGCUCUCAAUACUGUCUGCGUUCAGUGGCAAAACAAAAGGAAUACUGAAAGGAUUCCGAGGUAAACAGAGACCGCCUGACGAUACGGACGGAGCUGUUAUUAUUGGAAAUCAAGCGGCUUUGGCAGAUGGGAUCCGACAAUCGCGUGGCGAACCCAAGAUCGAAAUUGACACAGUAUCGAUCGCAUCAAUGCAAAUGGUGGAGGAGAAUGUGACGAACAAACGAUCAAAACCAGAGAUCCGGUUUGAACCAGUGGGGAUGAGACCCCAGGAUUUUCAGGUGUCGGUCAGUGUGAUCGAAGCCCGACAACUUAGCGGCACAAACAUGGAUCCUGUAGUUCUAGUGCAAGUCGGGGAUGACAAGAAAUACACGUCAAAGAAAGAAUCGACGAAUUGUCCUUACUAUAACGAAGUCUUUGUGUUCGACUACAACAUCCCAAAGCAAACGUUGUUUGAUAAAAUGAUCCAGUUGACGGUUCUGCACUCUCGUAACAUUGUUCGUAGUGGAACACUCGUUGGGACAUUCAAAAUGGACGUUGGAACUGUCUACGCCAACAAUGACCAUAUGUUCUUCCACAAGUGGGCGGUAUUAACCGACCCAGAUGACUUGAACACCGGACCGAAAGGUUACUUGAAGGUCGAUAUCUCUGUCGUUGGGAAAGGAGACAGCAUCAAGCUUCCUAAGUCUAACGAUGACGAGGAAGAUAACAUUGAAGAGAAAAACAUGCUCCUGCCCGAGGGAGUCCCAGCUGAACGGCAGAGGGCGAGGUUUAUCUUCAAAGUCUACAGGGCGGAAGGUUUGCCCAAGAUGAACACAAGAAUGACUGAGAAGCUCAAGUCCAUGCUACAGGGGGAGAUGAGAGAUCUGGUCGAUCCGUACGUGGAAAUAUCGUUCUGUGGACAGAAGGGCUGCACUUCUGUUCGCAAACAUUCGUACGAGCCAUCUUGGAACGAAGAAGUAAUUUUCACUGAGUUAUUCCCUCCCCUCUCCAAACGAAUCAAGGUCCAACUCAGGGACAAGGACAACAUAAAGAACAGCGUCAUUGGAACGACCUUUCUUGACCUUGAUAAAAUUUCAAAUUCGGGAGAUCGAGCACCGGCGUAUAAGCACUCACAUAGACAUCCCCGGAAACGAAUGAAAAUCGGAGAUCUUCUGGUCGAGAGGAACCCGGGUUUUCUCCCAACGUUUGGACCGACCUAUGUGAACUUGUACGGUAGCCCACGUAACUAUACCGUAGUGAACGAGCAUUCCGAUCUCAAUGCAGGACUCGGAGAAGGAGUCGCUUUCAGGGGCCGAAUGUUGAUCGGGUUGUCGGUCCAGCUUGUUGACAUGAGCGCAGCAGAUGGACAAGGAUCCUCCGCUGUCGAGGUCGAGACGAUUCCGCAACUGUCAGAGCUUGGCGCCGGCAGAAUUGAAGAUUUCUUUCUUUUCACUUCGAUAUUGGAAGCGAACAUGGUCAGUCGAACUUUGCAGGAUAAACAGAUCUCUUUUGAAUUAACUGUUGGCAACUUCGGCAACGUCAUUGACGGUCAGAACCUCAGCAACAAGACUCGAUCUAACGGUGACUCGGACGAGUCAGAUGAAGAAACUACGUCACUACUAAAAGGAAUCAAAACACAGGAAGACAAAGAGCCUGACGUCAGAUCUAUGACGUCACCAACGCUUCCUAUCACCAAAGACAAAGACAACUACUACUACCAUCUACCCUUCCUGGAGCAGAAACCCUGUCUUUACAUCACGAGUCAAUGGCACGACCAGAAACGCAGAAUGUACAAUUCGAACAUCAUGCACAAGAUUGCUGAUAAACUGGACGAAGGCCUGCAAGACGUCCAGGAAAUGCUGAAAACAGACCAAGACGCUCCUCAUAGAAGACUGAGGGGCGUGGUCGAAGAACUAGCCAAUGGGUGUGCGUCAUACACUAGGCUUGUGAAAGGAACAGAAUCUGGGGGCGGAGCUGCACUAGGAAGGACAAGGCUGGAUAAAGAAAGAAAUAAACUCUGCUUGAGAGAAAUGGACAACAUCACGACUGAAGCCCGCAAGAUCAGGAAACAAAUCAAACCUUCAACGAUGAAGGACAAACACGCAAGAGUCAAGAUUUUGCUAAACCGGAUAAAAUUUCUGGCUGAUGAUCCACAAUCCAGCGUUCCAGAUGUUUUCCUUUGGAUGAUCUGUGGAAUGAAGAGAGUCGCGUACGCCAGGAUACCUGCGAGGAAGAUCCUGUACUCCAUAAGAGAAGAGGAAUCGGGCCAGCAUUGCGGGAAAGUGCAGACUGUGUUCCUUAGGUUCCCAGGCCGUCGCAGCAUCGGUCCGGGUGGUUGGAGCAUUCAGGCAAAGUUGGAGAUGUACAUGUGGUUAGGAUUGGCCAAACAUAAGCGAGACUACUUGAAAGGUCUACCUGAGGGCUUCGAGCAAACCAGACCUUUUGGACUAAAGUCACCCCCGACAUACAUCACGUAUAAAGAAAAACAGGUUUUCCAGCUUCGUUGCCACAUCUACAUGGCUCGAGGUCUGAUCGCCGCCGAUGACUCCGGUCUUUCCGAUCCUUAUGCAAAAGUCAUCUUUGCUACGUGCACUUCCACCACUCAGGUGAUGGAGGAGACUCUCAACCCGACCUGGGACCAAACCCUCGUUAUGGAGGAUGUGACGUUGUACGGGCGAGCAGAGGAACUGAGGGAUGAUCCGCCUGUGAUUAUCAUUGAGAUAUUUGACAGAGAUGUCGUGGGUAACAACGAGUACAUUGGUCGCACAAUGGCGAAACCUCUCGUUAAAAUGAGUUGGGAGAAAUAUGAGAAGAAGUUUCCUCCUCAGCUAGAUUGGUAUCAGAUCUAUCGGGGAAGCACUAGAGCAGGAGAACUACUGGCAUCCUUUGAACUGUUGCAGAUGCCCUUCGACGAGCAAGAGCGCCGCCAAGUGUUGUGGAGAUCUUGGUGUGAAAUGAACGACAAUUCGAAAAACAAGAUCUCCUUGUUUCAGGUGAAGACUCCUAAAUCUCUGGAUGACGUUCCCAAGGUAGCAGAGACAGUGACGAAUGAGCAAGGGGUUAAGUUCCCAGUGCCGAAAGGAAUCAGACCUCUGCUGGCGAAACAUAAAGUCGAGGUUUUGUUCUGGGGACUGCGGGAUUUGAAGCGCGUACAACUGGCUACAGUGGAUCAGCCGAGAGUGGAUAUCCAGAUUGCAGGGAAGGCGGUCAGUUCUUGCAUCAUUCCGAAUUAUAAGAAGAAUCCGAACUUUGCCGAACCCGUCAGAUUUAUUGACGAGGUCGAUCUGCCCGAGAAUGAAUACCUUUGCCCACCUAUCACCAUCACAGUGGUUGAUUGCAGAGCAUUCGGACGUGAAGUUCUCGUUGGAACCCACAUCAUCAGCAGUUUGUCAAAGUUCAUCUUCAGGCCGCCAGAGAAAUCUGAGAUGUACACAGCUGCAAUCAGGCUUUUCACGGAUACUUUGCAAGGGAUCAAAGGUCGCAAACAACAUAUGGCGGCAAUUUCUAGAAGUGACGUCAACAUUACGCUUGCUGGAUCCCAGGGGGGACUCCAACACUUAUCACCACCGCCCCCUGGUGGAAUGGUGGAGAUAGCAAUAGACGAAAACGGUGCAAAGGAAGAAGGCGAAGAAGACGACCCACUGGAUGAGGCGGCUUUGGAUUGGUGGAGCAAAUACUUUGCUUCAUUGGAUACAUUGAAUGAGGAAAAAGCACGCCAGGAAGCGGAAGAAGGUCCCCAUGAUCUGUACGAUGAGGAUGAACGCUCGCCUGAUGAUCCGAACCUACCAAACGUACCUAAGGACGAUGGUUAUUUGAGUCGAUUGAAGAGAUUGACGAUAUCCAGGAACGAUGAUGAUGUUCCAGACCAAGGAGAGAACGGAGGCGUGGGAGGAAAAAAGAAAGUCGGAAAACGCUUGUUCAAAGGUGCCGUGGGAGCUGUCAAGCUCGCAAGAAAAGGUCUUGCUUCACCUGCAAAGAAAUGGAAAAAUAAAAAACUGCCAAUUGAUGAACUGAGGCUGUACGACACAGAGCUUGAAAACGUCACAGAAUUCUCCGGCUUCCACGACCUCUUGCACUCGUUUGAUCUUUUCCGGGGCAAGAGGGAGGAUGAUGCCGAUGACCUCCUGGAUCAGAAGAGAAUCGUUGGAACUUUCAAAGGAGCUUUUAAGAUCUACAGGCUCCCCCUAGCGGAAUGGAUUGAACAGCCUGAUCCCCUAGUUGGAAUGUUCAAGAGUCUCCCAAGCAAUGAACCACUUCAUGUGAUGGUUCGUGUCUACGUUGUUCGAGCGAACGAUCUUCAUCCAACCGAUCCUAACGGCAAAGCUGAUCCAUAUCUCAUGGUUUUACUCGGAAACCAGAAAGUCAACGAUAAAGAGAAUUAUGUUUCGAAGCAGCUGAAUCCAAUGUUUGGAAAAACUUUCGAAUUCGAAGCGACGUUUCCCAUGGAAAGCGUUCUCACUGUUCAAGUCUACGACUGGGAUCUUCUGAGCGCCGAUGAUCUGAUCGGUGAAACCAAACUAGAUCUUGAGAAUCGAUUCUACAGCAAACAUCGGGCGACGUGUGGAAUAGCGGAAAAGUACAGCAUCUUUGGUUACAACCAAUGGCGAGACCCGAUGAAGCCAAGUCAGAUUUUGACGAAACUUUGCAAAGACUACAAGAUCGAAGGACCGCACUUCUCUCCUGGCAAAGUUAAAGUCGGGAAAAAGAUCUACACGGGCUCUAUUGAACUUGAAGACGAAAACGGCCACAAGAAACCAACAGAUGAGCACGUUGCUCUGGUUGCCCUGAGAAACUGGCAUGAGAUCCAGAAAGUUGGAUGCCAUCUUGCCCCUGAGCAUGUGGAGACGAGAUCGUUGUUCAGUCCAGAGAAACCGGGGAUCGAACAGGGUCGACUUGAACUGUGGGUUGACAUGUUUCCGAUGGAUAUGCCCAUGCCUGGCCCAGCUGUGGAUAUUUCACCAAGGAAACCGAAAGGCUUUCAGCUUCGAGUUAUCAUUUGGAACACAGAAGACGUUGUUCUACAAGACGACGAUUUUUUUACUGGAGAAAAAGCAUCCGAUAUUUAUGUCAAAGGUUGGUUGGUUGGGGAGGACAAACAAGAGACAGACAUCCACUACCGUUCACUCACUGGUGAGGGGAAUUUCAACUGGAGGUUCAUUUACCCGUUCGAUUACUUGAUCGCUGAGGAGAAGAUUGUCAUUACAAAGAAGGAAUCUCUCUUUGCCUGGGAUGAAACAGAGUUUAAGAUCCCACCCAGACUCAACUUACAAGUUUGGGACGCCGAUCACUUCUCAGCCGAUGAUUUCUUGGGUUCUCUCACUCUAGAUCUGACCCAUUUCCCAAGAGGAGCAAAAUCAGCAGCCAAAUGCAGUUUAAAUAUGGCAACAGAGGAAGAUGAUUCGAGCGGCAAAGAUAUUCCGAUGAUUUCUCUGUUCAAGCAGAGAAGAAUAAAGGGAUGGUGGCCGUUCACUGCCAAGAAUGACCAAGAUGAAUUAGAGAUAACGGGUAAAGUUGAGGCUGAAAUAGUUUUGAUGACGGCCGACGAAGCCGAGAAGAAUCCCGCAGGAUACGGAAGAGAUGAGCCGGAUCCGCUGGAGAAACCGAACCGCCCGGAUACAUCGUUCGUCUGGUUCAUGAAUCCACUCAAAUCCCUCCGAUACCUAAUCUGCACAAGAUUCAAAUGGUUGAUCAUCAAACUGUUCAUCGUUCUUCUUCUCACUGCUCUACUCGUCCUCUUUGUUUACUCAUCCCCGUCCUGGCUUAUGAAGAAAAUAUUAGGAGCCUAAAAACGUAAAAUGACGUCAUUUUGACGUCAUAAGUCUAUCCUUAAACAGUACCUGAAUGUAAAAAUUAAGAACCAUAUGUAGCUGGUUAGGGUUAUUGUAUAUAUUCGGAUUCUAUACUAAUUUUUUGCCAAAUGACGUUAUAUCAUGACGUAAUUCACUACAUUCAAAUUUAACAAACCUACGAUAAACUCUGAAAUUGCUGUUGUCGAAUAUACCAGAAUGGUUUGAUUCCACUAGCACGUGUAAUAUUAUUACGUCAUAUUGUGACGUCAUCAAAUGAAUCAUUAUUGUAUGGUGCUCUUAUAUCAUUUGUCUGAUAUUCACAAUACUUUCCUCAAUUUUUGCCAAAGACCAAAUUCUGACCCUGAUUGCAGCCAGUAAAAUUUUGAACCAAUAUUUUGAAUAAUAUUUCCUAUAAUUUCACUGAUGAACGGGCAAAGUUUGCAAUGACAUGCAGAGUGCAAUUGGUUUAACUUUUAAGUCUUUUUGCCUAUACUGUAUAUUUAACCACCAAAUACUGUUCUUAUCCCCUUUUAUUACAUUAAAUAUCAUUCGUGACGUAACCAAUGACAACAUGCUCAAAGUGGUAAGAUAAUUUUAAUUUAUGAUUGGUCGAACAACUUUUUCUUUACAAUAUUCACCCCACUGGAGUGCAUUCUUUUUAUCUAACGAAAACUGCGGCAGAAUUUUACUUGUAUAUAUCUCUCUUGCCUAGCUCAACUAUAUCCCGCAGUCAAAACAAUUUCUAUCGCACUGUACAUUGUAUGUAUUUAGAAUUAUUACUCGUUCCUAUAGCACUUAGAUUUUUGUUUUAAUUAGCACUUGUAAAUACUCAUUUCACGUAAACGAUAUGAUUUCCUUCUGAAUUCAGUUAGGUGACCCUUUGACUUUUUACGGGGUGUCUAAUGCAAGAACAGGGUUAUGGAGUGACAGAAAAGAAACCUAACUAAUCUGGAUCUAUGAAAUUUGGAUUUUUCAACGACUAUCUCUGGUAAAAAAAUCAGGCUGCGAAUUCGGUUAUAAAUACAUAUUCUGAUUCCAAAGGCUGAACAUUUUUACUAAAAUAUUUUCCGCUUCUUCGAUUCAACCGAAAAUUUCGAUACCAUGUCCAGAUUUGGAAGUCUGAAACUGAAAAGCAAAUUGCAAUGAACGCCGACUCCGCGAAAUUAAGUUUGUUUUUUAUUAUAAAACUUAUAUGAAAUCUAUGUUUUCCUUACCCAGCUAAGGGCAUGGAUGCCUCCAUGCCUUGAUUCAGAUCUAAAAAGAUUAACGAGUCCUAUCUUCAUCUGGCGCUUCAUCGCUUUCACGCUUAAUUUUGUUCUCGUUCUCACAACGAGACACCUCCAAGAACAGAUUUGUAUAGUGACUAUGCGUGAGAAAAGAGUAUGCUCAAACUAAUUUGCCAUGAAUGAUAUGUUCACUCUAACUAACCACUCAUCUAAAUUUUUAUAUUCAUUUCAAGCCGAAACAUACUUUGAGUAUGUUUAGUCAUAUGCUCAGUCUGAAGUUUUAUAUCCUAACCCAGAACAUACAAUAAAUUCGAUAGCUACACGCACCGAGUUCGCUUGUUUGAUUCACCCUAGAGCAGUGGUUCUCAAAAUUUCUAAGUCGCGCCCUUUUUUUUAGAAUUUUCCAAGUCUCGCGCCCCACCUCAAAAUAAAUAGCUGACAAUAAGCUACAAAUAACAGGUAGUGAGCCUCCACGCUAAAGAUAAUAAAGAUACAAGCACAAUAGCCCUGUGCAAUAUCUAAACAAUAAAACAAUGAAAAUAUCCAAAUUAAGGCGGGCAAGAUCUAGUCCAACAAAUAAUUUGAAUUUUAAUUAGAUCCACACCCCUUCAAAAAAUUGUCUACGCCCCAAUUGUGCGACGCGCACCACCGUUUGAGAAACACUAUCCUAGAGCAGGGCUACUCAGCUGGCGGACCGCGGUCCGAAUCCGGACCUUUCGAGUAUUGGAUUUGGACCGCACCUAAUUAUUUAUUUUGGAUCAUUAGCCCCACUUUUUGAAUUGCCUAUUAUA